AUGGAUAGUAAAAGAGAGAGCGAAAAAACGUUCGAAGAAGAAUAUGAUUAUAUUAUCGUAGGAGGAGGAUCAGCAGGAGCAGUCUUAGCUAAUCGACUGUCUACGGAUUCCAAAAAUAAAGUUCUUCUUUUAGAAGCUGGUAAUGACGAAAACAUUUUCACAGAUGUUCCUUCUGUUGCAAUUAGUUUACAAAGAACUUCUAUGGAUUGGCAAUAUCUGACGGAACCGCAGAAAUUCUCGUGUUUCGGCUUAGAAGGAAAACGUUCUAGAUGGCCGAGAGGUAAAGUGUUAGGCGGUUCGAGUGUUCUCAAUUUCAUGCUCUAUGUCAGAGGAAAUCGCAGAGACUACGACAAUUGGGCUCGACAAGGGGCUUAUGGUUGGAGUUGGAAAGAUGUCUUUCCUUAUUUUCUUAAAUCUGAAGAUAAUACUGAUAUACGCAUACUCAAUAAUGGUUUUCAUAGUACGGGUGGCCCGCAAACAGUUUCUUCUCCGCGAUAUGCAACUCCUCUUAGAAACGCAUUUUUGGAAGCCGGUCAAUUACUGGGGUAUCCUAUAAGUGAUUAUACCGAUGCCAUUCAAACAGGUUUUUAUUAUCCAUUAUCAACAACAAGAUUUGGAAGGCGAUGCAGCACCAAUAAAGCUUUCUUGAAACCAAUUCAACAUCGUCCUAAUUUAAAUAUCUUGCUGUUUUCCUUCGCAACUAAGAUUAUUUUCGAUGAAUAUAAACGAGCUAAAGCAGUUCAGUUCGAUCGAUUCAAGAGAUCUUAUACUGUUUAUGCAAGAAAAGAGAUAAUUAUAUCAGCUGGAGCUAUCAACUCGCCUCAGUUGUUAAUGCUGUCAGGUAUCGGCAUUAGGGAACACUUAAACAAAUUCAAGAUUCCAGUCGUGUCAGAUCUUCCAGUAGGCCUUAAUCUUCAAGAUCACAUUUUCCCUCUUGGAAUUGAUUUCUUAAUUGACAAACCAGUUUCUUUCAUCGCCUACCGUGUUGUAACUCCAUUUAAUGCUCUACCUUAUUUCAAAUAUGGUUCUGGACCGUGGACCAUGUUAAGUGGGAACGAAGGUUUGGCUUUCAUCAAUACCCGUUUUGCGAAUUCUUCUGAUGAUUAUCCAGAUAUCGAACUGCAGUUUCAAAUUGCCAGUCUGACUGCUGAUGGAGGAGCAAUUGGAAUUCCAGCUUUUGGCAUAAAUAAUCAAGUUAGAAAAUUAUAUUAUGGGCCUAUUUUAAAUCAGGAUGUUUUCACCAUAUUUCCUAUUUUAAUGCGUCCAAAAAGUCGUGGUUAUAUAAAACUCAGAAGCACUAAUCCCUACGAUCAUCCUGUUAUCCAACCGAAUUAUUUAUCUCAUCCACAAGAUGUCUUGACUCUUAUAGAUGCAAUGAAAAUAACGAUACAAAUUGGUGAAUCGAAACCUUUUAGAAAGUUCGGAUCUCGAUUAUAUUCGACUCCUGUUCCAGGAUGCGAAAGAUUUUUAAGACUCAGCGAUGAAUAUCUCGAAUGCGUUCUUAGAACUUUAACUGCCACUGAUUAUCAUCCCGUAGGAACGUGUAAAAUGGGUGCUUUAGACGAUCCGACAGCCGUUGUUGAUCCCGAAUUGAGAGUAAAGGGAGUAUCGGGAUUAAGAGUAGUCGAUGCAUCCGUUAUGCCCACAAUUCCUUCUGGAAAUACCAAUGCUCCAACGAUUAUGAUUGCGGAAAAAGCUGCUGAUAUGAUUUUAGGCGAUGAAAAUAACAUGUAUUCUAAAUAA